AUGUUUGUUUCUCUUAAUGUGCUGGUGGCACCAGCUGUAUUUAUUGCAGCGGCCGUUGCCACAAGCGUGCCGACCAUUGCUCGAGCUGCAAGUGACUCGCGAAGUGAUGACACGACAGUGUUCUUCGAGAAUGACGGCAACUGGACAUCUCAUGGAACCAAGCCUAGCGCCCUAUUCAUCAACACGGCCUCGAGUUAUGCUGAUGCCAAUGCGGUGUGCACAGCACAGAAUGAGACAUUGCUGAGCUGUGACGAAUUCGCCAACUUUGAGAACUUAUUCAGUUACCAGCGAUACCUCGGCAGGAUCACUACUGAUCAGCUGUUCUGGUCAUCAUGCUCUUCCUCCUCCCCAACAUCGUGGCGCGGUGUUGUUCAAAGCAGCACGAAUUCGACCUCCAAUCUCCCGUUUUUGUGCACCAACAGCGCCCCUCUCGUUGACAAAGUAGAUACGGAUUACUCUGCUUUCCCCCAUGUGAAUGUCACCUACAACGGUACGACUUUCGAGGGCAUGAGGGACCACAUGGCAUUUCGCUUCGCUGGCAUUCGCUUUGCUCAGCCCCCGACGGGGAAUCUACGAUUCCAACCGGCGCAGCCGUGGAAUCAUACUAUUCCGUAUGUGAACGCCACGAGUUACGGACCGGCCUGUUUGCAGUUUGGUUACUUCGAUGGUAACUCACAUCUUAACAUGGGUGCUUACUUGUCAGACCCCUGGGGAAAUAGUGAGGACUGUCUAUUUCUCAACAUCUGGACGCCACAUAUCCCGUCAGCCGACUCCUUGGAUCCUCACAGCGGGAAGCCCGUUAUGGUUUGGAUCUAUGGUGGUGGUGAUACUCAAGGCUCGGCCGCUGACUCCACUUUUGAUGGAGCUAGUCUUGCGUCUCGCUCGGAUGUUGUGGUUGUCUCGUUUAAUUACCGGGUCAAUAUAUUCGGUCUUUUAGCUCUCAAUGAUGGCGAGCUCAAUGGCAACUACAUGAUGACCGAUAAGAUCCAAGCAUUGCGCUGGGUUAGGCAACACAUCGCUGGAUUUGGGGGCAAUCCGAAGAACGUGACAAUCUUCGGUCAAUCCGCCGGUGGAUCAUCAGUCAAUGAUCUGAUUACAUGUCCCGCAAUUAUUGGUGAAGACCUCUUUCAAAAUGGUAUCGUCCAGUCCGGAAAGUCAAAUGUCGCUACUGCCGAAGUCGCUGCAGCUUACGCCCUACCCUACAUUGAGAAAUUCUGUAACGGCACAGCCACACAACGGGCUUCCUGCUUGCGAUCCUUGUCCGCAGAGACCCUGCUUGAUAUUAGCAACAAUAGUAUCAGUUGGUACACCGUCAUCGACGGUCACUACUCAGCCGACUACACUCAAGCUCGAUAUGCACUCGGAGCACAGUACAUCAAUUCCGUCAACGUGCUAACGGGCAACAUGCUGGAGGAAUACCAGUCGCUCGCAACCACAACUCUCUGGCCUAGCAUGAGCAACUUCAGCGAGGCGUUAGAGAUCCUCAUCAGCGACGCCGCUAUCAACGAAGCCCAAGCAGAGGCCGCCCUCAACUCAGGGCUCUACGCAAUCACCAACAACACGGUCUACAACGGCAGCACAACCUACACCUCGGUCUACAACGCCUCAGUCCACCUCGGUACCGAAGGCCAACUAUACUGCGACGGCACACUCCUUCAAUGGGUCGCAGCCGCCUCCUGGGCCUUCAAGUCCCACUGGUUCUACAUCCACAACCGAGGCUACGCACUCAGCUACUAUGACUUUUACGACCUGUGUACCUUCCCCGUAGGAAAGCCAGAUACUCCAUACUACCGCUGCCACAGCAGCGAUCUAUACGAGGUCUUUGGCACAUACUAUAUCUUUGACCAGCCAGUGCGUGUACCCGAGGAUAUUUACUACACCAACGCGAUCCAGGAUAUGUGGGGUGCUUUUGCCCGGACCGGGAACCCGAACGUCGAUCCGGCGUACUUGAAGGCACGAUCGUAUGAUUCGACGAUUGACUUCUUCUUUGGCUUCGAGUGGCCGCAAUUUACGGUGACUAGUCCAAGGGUUGCGUCUUUGCAGUACCCGGGGCCGCAGGAGCACUGUGGGGUGCUGUUGCCGCAUGUGACGAAUCCGAGUGCUCCUACUGCGAGUGCACAUGUAUUAGGUAACUGGCGAGGAUCAAUCGACCAUGGUUGGUCGGCUAUUUUUCCAACUCCCUCAUCACUGCUGAGUACAUUCAGCACCCAUUCCAUCCAAGAUAUGGAAAUCUUCACACGUGCCCAAACGAGCUUCCUGUCUUGGAAACACGGAACACCACUCCCAUCUGGGGCCUAUGCCUCCCCAAAGUUUCAGUCCUGGCAUACCUUUGAUCCUGUCCAGGGUUGGAUUGCCACUGGCUCCGACAUCGAUACAAAUACACCAGCAGACCCAGCUGGGGGUGCCGAUACCUCAAGGCUUGUCCUUCUGACAUGGAAUAUUGAUGCAACGUCUCCUCAGACCGAGAAACGCGUUACAGAAAUAAUCACAUGUAUUAUCGGGUUAGAUCCCCGCGUGCAUAUCAUAUUCCUCCAAGAAGUGUCAAAGCCAGCCCUCCAGCAAAUCUUGAAAGACGAGCGGAUUCGCGAGCUCUGGCUUUCGAGCGAAUGUGACGACACAUCAUGGGGCGGUCAAUCGUUUGCGGUAAUGACCCUACUGUCUAAGGCACGCUUCACGACAAACGCCGCCAUAGGACCAAUUUGGAGGGUGAAGUUCCCUAGUCACUUUGCUAGGGAUGCUCUCUGCUGUGAUAUCUUUGUCCCUUCGCCUAAGGAUUCUAGACCGACACGGAUACGUCUAGUAAAUGUUCACCUAGACUCUCUGCCAAUCAAGCCUUCCCACAGACCCAAGCAGGUAUCUAUCGUUACAUCUCUCCUUCGGGUCGCAGGUCAAGGACUAGUCGCAGGUGACUUCAAUCCUGUCCUCGAUGAAGACAACGGCCUUCUAGAAAAGAACGGCUUGGUGGAUGCUUGGGUAACUCUUCGGCCUGAAGAACCUGGCUUCACUUGGGGCCUAGAUGGCAAGCAACCAUUCCCUCCUAACCGGCUUGACAGAAUAGGUAUACUUGGGCUGCAGCCGCAUGACAUUAAGAUAAUAGAGCCGAAACCGAUAAGCGGAUCUUCUCACGAUGAACCCUUAUGGAGUGAUCAUCAUGCUUUGGUCUGUUCCUUUGGCUUGGUAGAUGAGUGAUCAUCGAUAUCUUUGUCUCUUCGGGUUGUCGAGAAAUAAGCGAGCUAAGGACAGUAAAAAGUAUAUAAUAAGAGAUGUAAACUAAUGAAUAACUAGAAAUAGAAAAGGUGCAGUGAAAUGCAAAUUGCUAGAUCUAUACUUGAUUCUUUUGGGUGAGAAGCAUAUGCUGCAUGUGGCUAAGCCAGGGACAGUUACCUAUUGAAUUCCCC